AUGUCUGAUACUACCAAGAACCAACAAGCACAAGAUAUCGAUGCCAUGACACAUCCUUCCGUCUACAGAGACACCGUGAACGGCAAAAAGUGCGAAAAGAUUGAUAAUGGAUUCAAAUGCUCCAACACUGACAAGACCAAGCAAGACACUGAGGACUGGGAUUUGUAUCCUCAAAUGAUUCGCAAGGUCGAAAACGAAGGCACUGCCAAGGAUGUGCAACAUCUCCAUGACUUGGAGCACACAAUUAGUAAAUAA